GCCUUCAAUGGCAUUACUGGGCCCAAGAGAUGAGAUUUCAGUGGCCAGCUGUAAACGGAGAAAAAGAGCAAAUGGGUACUCAUUGACAAUUGACAAUUUACCAUCAAUCUCCACCAAAAUGGAAUCAGUGUAUUACCCGAUUUGAGCUCUCGUAGACUUGCAGUCAAAAUUUCAGAAACCCGAGGUUAUUUUCUCAAACUCCCAGUUGAUGGAAAAUAAAGAACACAAUCAGAAUCGCCAAUCCCAAGACCUCCCACAAGUCCUCCUCUUAAAACCACCACCGGUUAUGACGGUGCUUGGAGAGCAACAAUUUUCAUCAAACAAAUUCCAGCUCUUGAAAGCAUGGGACUCCCAGCUUCCUCUUAACCAAUUCCUGCCCAAACACGCCAAUUCAAUCCAAGCCAUUCUCUGCUCUGGUGCUUCUCCAGUCACAGACGACCUACUCCAGCUGCUUCCGUUUCUGAGGUUAGUUGUUACUGCCAGUGCUGGUACCAACCACAUCGACCUGACGGCGUGUCGACGACGCGGAAUUUCUGUCACUAAUGCCGGGAAUGUGUUUUCGGAUGACGGUGCGGACGCUGCGGUGGGUUUGUUGUUUGAUGCUUUGAGAAAGAUUUCAGCUGCUGAUCGGCACGUGAGGCAGGGCCUUUGGGUCAAGAAAGGAGACUAUCCACUUGGUUCUAAGGUGGGAGGGAAGCGAAUUGGGAUAGUUGGGUUGGGAGGCAUAGGCUUACAAGUUGCCAAAAGACUUGAGGCUUUUGGCUGCAUUAUUUCUUACAAUUCAAGAAACAAAAAGACGUUUGUUUCAUACCCAUUCUAUUCCAAUGUUUGUGAACUCGCAGCUCAUAGCGAUGCUCUCAUUAUUUGUUGUGCCUUGACGGAUCAAACACUCCACAUGAUCAACAAGGAAGUGUUGAGUGCACUAGGGAAGAAAGGAGUCAUAGUUAACGUUGGACGUGGAGCUAUCAUUGAUGAGAAGGAAUUGGUGAGGUGUUUAGUGACAGGAGCGAUUGCGGGUGCAGGGUUGGAUGUGUUUGAGAAUGAGCCUGAUGUUCCCAAACAGCUUCUUGAAUUGGAUAAUGUUGUUCUGUCUCCGCAUAGGGCUGUCUUCACACCCGAAUCUUUCAUGGCUUUGUGUGAGCUUGUGGUGGGGAACUUGGAGGCUUUCUUCUCUAACUUGCCGUUGCUUUCUCCCGUCAUGGAUGAGUGUACUGAUGGUUAAAGCACCAAGGGUGUGGCUUUUGUGAAAAAUGCUUGCUGCUAAUGGUUUCAUGCCUACAUGAAUCGGAAGAAACUUUCAGAAACAGAAAAAGGCAACAAGUAAUGUUCACAUUACAAACAGAAGUAGACAGUUAAUAAGGUAAAUUUCAUAAUAUUUAUUGGAUAAGGGCCAUGGUGCCCUAUCAACAGGACAAACUUUAUUUCUUUUUUAUUUUAUUUAGGAUCUCUCAGCACAGUUUUAUAAUUAUAACGGUUUUGCCCACCGUUAAAAAAACCAAAAAUUGCACUAUGAUCAGGUGGAUAUAUCUCUACAAACACUUAUAUAAUAAAAAUUAAAAAAAAAAAUUAAGUGCGGUUAGAGGGAAUCCAUGAAUACCAAAAAAAAAAAAAAAAAAAAAAAAAAAAGAGGGAAUUGGAGGAAUUCUUUAAGUGAGCAAUUGUUUAAUUUGUCUUUUACUAUGUAUAUAUAAAACAUAAACAGUAAUGACAGAAUAUUUUUAUUAACUUAAAUUAGUGAUGCAUGAAUAUAGAAUUAUUUUAA